GUUGAAUCAUUUAUUUUGGACCAAGAAGAUCUUGAUAACCCAGUACUGAAAACCACAUCGGAGUUAUUCUUAUCAAGUGCUGCAGAAGGUACAGACUUGAGAACUGUGGAUCCAGAAACACAAGCAAGACUAGAAGCCUUACUGGAGGCAGCAGGAAUUGGUAAAUUGUCCACUGCUGAUGGUAAAGCCUUCGCAGAUCCUGAGGUUCUCCGAAGACUGACGUCCUCUGUCAGCUGUGCGCUGGAUGAAGCUGCCGCUGCAUUGACACGAAUGAGAGCAGAGAACAAUCACAAUGCAGGACAAGUGGACAAUCGCAGUUUGGCAGAAGCAUGCUCAGAUGGGGAUGUAAAUGCUGUCCGGAAGCUGUUGGAUGAAGGAAGAAGUGUAAAUGAACAUACUGAAGAAGGGGAGAGUCUCCUUUGCUUGGCCUGUUCAGCCGGAUUAGCAGGAUAUUAUGAAUUGGCACAAGUGCUACUAGCAAUGCAUGCAAACGUUGAAGAUCGAGGGAAUAAAGGAGACAUAACUCCCUUAAUGGCAGCUGCCAGCGGAGGCUAUGUAGAUAUUGUUAAACUUCUCCUUGUUCAUUGUGCAGAUGUCAACGCACAGUCUUCAACAGGGAACACAGCUCUCACUUACGCAUGUGCUGGGGGCUUUGUUGACAUAGUGAAGGUGCUAUUGAAAGCUGGUGCUAAUAUAGAAGACCACAAUGAGAACGGGCAUACCCCCUUAAUGGAAGCAGCCAGUGCAGGUCAUGUUGAGGUUGCAAGAGUAUUACUGGAAUAUGGUGCAGGAAUCAACACUCACUCCAAUGAGUUCAAAGAAAGUGCACUUACACUUGCAUGCUAUAAAGGCCAUUUAGAUAUGGUUCGUUUUUUGCUUGAAGCUGGAGCUGAUCAAGAACAUAAAACAGAUGAGAUGCACACGGCGCUAAUGGAGGCCUGCAUGGAUGGACAUGUGGAAGUGGCACGCUUGCUUUUAGACAGUGGUGCUCAAGUGAAUAUGCCUGCAGAUUCGUUUGAAUCUCCACUCACUCUGGCUGCUUGUGGUGGACAUGUGGAGUUAGCAGCUCUUCUGAUCGAAAGGGGAGCUAACCUGGAGGAAGUUAAUGAUGAAGGUUAUACUCCUCUAAUGGAAGCUGCCCGGGAAGGCCAUGAAGAGAUGGUAGCCUUGCUACUGGCACAAGGGGCAAAUAUAAAUGCACAGACAGAAGAAACGCAGGAAACGGCUCUUACUCUGGCAUGUUGUGGAGGGUUUUCUGAAGUAGCCGACUUCCUUAUUAAGGCAGGAGCUGAUAUAGAACUUGGUUGCUCAACACCUUUGAUGGAAGCUGCUCAAGAAGGUCAUCUUGAAUUGGUGAAAUACUUGCUGGCAGCAGGAGCUAAUGUGCAUGCCACCACAGCGACAGGAGAUACAGCUUUGACCUAUGCCUGUGAAAAUGGACAUACUGAUGUUGCAGAUGUGUUGCUUCAAGCUGGUGCUGAUUUGGAGCAUGAAUCUGAAGGUGGGAGAACCCCACUAAUGAAGGCUGCACGAGCUGGUCAUUUAUGCACUGUGCAAUUCCUUAUUAGCAAAGGUGCCAAUGUUAACAGGGCUACAGCUAAUAAUGACCACACGGUGGUGUCACUGGCAUGUGCGGGAGGCCACCUGGCAGUUGUUGAGCUCCUUCUGGCUCAUGGUGCAGAUCCUACUCAUCGGCUCAAGGAUGGCUCAACAAUGCUCAUUGAAGCUGCCAAAGGAGGACAUACAAAUGUUGUUUCUUACUUGCUGGAUUACCCAAACAAUGUUUUGUCGGUUCCUGCAGCAGACUUGUCUCAGCUCACACCUCCAUCUCAGGAUCAGUCUCAGGUUCCACGUGUACCGGUGCAUACACUUGCUAUGGUUGUACCUCCCCAGGAACCUGACAGAACCCCUCAAGAGAACUCACCACCUCUCUUGGGAGUGGUGAAAG